CGCCAGGCUGGGAGCCGAGUCGGCGGAGCUGGCGGGCGGAGGAGGCGCGGAGAUGGAGGGUGAUCGGCUGGACAGCGAUCGGGUGGAGAGCCGGGUUACCAUUAAGGGCAUUGAAAGAGAGCUCAUCUGCCCAGCAUGCAAAGAAUUAUUUACCCAUCCACUGAUCCUUCCUUGCCAGCACAGUGUUUGUCACAAAUGUGUGAAAGAAAUACUUUUUGCAUUUGAAGACUCUUUUGCUGAUGGAGGCUCUGAAUCCUCUAAUCAGAGUAGCCCUCGAAUUAAAAUCUCUUCUUCUAGCAUGGAGAGAAUUGACAGGAUUACUAGAACAGGCAGAAAACGCAAUUCACUGACUCCUAGAUCAAGUCUGUUUCCUUGUCCGGGUUGCCAGCGGGAUAUUGAUCUUGGAGAACGUGGCAUGAAUGGCUUAUUUCGCAACUUUACUUUGGAAACCAUUGUGGAAAGAUACAGACAGGCAGCCAGGGCAGCCAUUGCCAUUAUGUGUGAUUUCUGCAAACCUCCACCUCAAGAGUCCACAAAGAGCUGCAUGGAUUGCAGUGCAAGCUACUGCAAUGAAUGUUUCAAAAUACACCAUCCUUGGGGCACUGUGAAAGCCCAGCAUGAGUAUGUAGGACCAACCACUAACUUCAGACCCAAGAUUUUGAUGUGUCCUGAACAUGAAAUGGAGAGGGUAAACAUGUACUGUGAAAUCUGCAGAAGGCCUGUUUGUCAUCUUUGUAAACUAAGUGGAUGUCAUGCAAACCAUAGAGUGACAACCAUGAGCACUGCCUACAAAACCCUUAAGGAGAAGCUUUCAAAAGAUAUUGCGUACCUCAUCAGCAAGGAGAGCCAGGUGAAAGGUCACAUCACACAGCUGGGUCUGCUGCUGAAAGAAACAGAGUGUAACAGUGAAAGAGCUAAAGAAGCAGCAUUGCAGAGUUUUGAGAAAUUAUCUCAUGUCCUGGAAGAGAAGAAAUCUGCAGCUCUUAGGGCUAUUGAAGUUUCUAAGAAUUUAAGGCUGGAAAAAUUGCAAACACAAGCAGAAGAAUAUCAGGGGCUCCUGGAAAAUAAUGGCCUUGUGGGAUAUGCACAAGAAGUGCUUAAGGAAACCGAUCCCUCUUGUUUUGUUCAGACAGCAAAACAACUUCAUGUCAGAAUCCAAAAAGCUACUGAAUCACUGAAGAGCUUCAGGCCAGCAGCUGAAACUACCUUUGAAGACUUUGUGGUGGACAUAGCCAAACAAGAAGAAGCUCUUGGUGACCUGUCCUUUCAUUCCAAUGGUCUAGAAAUACCAGAAAUCAAUAAAGGGCAGAGCAGAAUGUACAACAAAGCUCUUAUAAGUUGGGAAUCACCUGGGAAGACAGAAUCAGCUGAUAUCUAUGUUCUUGAGUAUCGAAAGCUUUAUAGAGAAGAUGAGAGUGCAAUGUGGCAGGAGAUUGAAGUUUGCAGCAAGAGCAAAGUCAUAUCUGAUCUUGAUGAAGACAGCAGCUAUGCCUUUAGAGUUCGAGGAUAUAAAGGAUCCAUCUGUAGCCCUUGGAGCCCAGAAGUUAUUUUGCGUACACCUCCAGCUCCAGUUUUCAGUUUCCUUUUUGAUGACAAAUGCGGGUACAACAGUGACCAUCUCCUGCUGAACUCAAGAAGAACUUCUGUGGAAAGCAGGGCUGGGUUUCCUCUACUGCUGGGAUCUGAGCGCAUGCAGAUUGGAUGCUACACAACCCUGGAUUACAUCAUUGGUGACACUGGGAUUGCCAAAGGAAAGCACUUCUGGGCUUUCCAUGUGGAAGCCUAUUCAUACCUGGUGAAAGUGGGAGUUGUUUCUAGCAACAAGAUACAGAAAUUGUUCCACAAUACCCAUGAUGGGACAAGCCCCAGGUAUGACCAAGACAGUGGUCAUGACAGCGGGAGUGAAGAUGCCUUCUUUGAUUCAACACAGCCUUUCACACUAGUCACAUUAGGCAUGAAGAAGUUCUUUAUCCCCACAACACCUGCUGCCCCCAAGGAUCCAGAAAGCAGAAUCCUUCCCCUGCCAUCAUGCUUGGGCAUCUGUCUUGACUGUGACAAAGGCAAAGUGGGGUUUUAUGAUGCAGGCCCUAUGAAAUGCCUGUAUGAGUGUGAGGUGGACUGCUCUGGCAUAAUGUACCCAGCAUUUGCCUUAAUGGGUGGUGCAGCAGUUCAUCUUCAGGAAGCCAUCACAGCAAAAUACGGGGAAUACCAUGAAGACAUCUAGUCCAUCAAUCUCUUCCCAUUGCUGUUCCAAGAUGGAGAAUGAGAGCAGAAGAAUUCUGCCUUAGUUUUCAAUCCUGUUUAUUCACAUUCUGUCUAAGCAUUGCUCUUACGCUGGGCCACACUGUUUUUUAAACAAAUGGUCCAGAUGCUUCCCACACCAGUGGGAAAUGUUCUUCACUAAUUCUUCUGCCUUUCUUGUGAUAUGUGCAAAGCUGUUCUCCACAGAAUUUCUUUCUGGGGAAAGCGAGAAAAAAGUUUGACUAGCAACCAAAAUUAACUCUUCAGGGGUAGAAGCCUGCCUUUCAUUAACUUAAAUCCUUACAUACAGUUUUGCAUUUAAUUAAGUCAAAGCUGACAGCUUGUGAUUACCAUUGUCCUUUGAAGAAAUAUGCCUGAGUGCCUCUGAGGGGUCAGAUGCUUUCCAGUUAAAUCCCUGAGCACCAUGGGUUGCACCUUUCAGCAUGAAACAGCAUUUGCAAAAAUACAACAUAAAGCAGAGAGAAGCAUCUGAAAAUUUUGGUUGUGCUGGGAAAGACAAGACUAAAGUAGAAUCUGAUUUCAAGUCAUUUACCUUUAAUGUGACUAUAAGCUAAAACUAAUUCUGACACCUGGUGUUAUAGAGUUGAUGGCAUAAUGGUAAGGUUCUGUACUCUUCCAGACUUUUACUGUAGGUUAUAUAAAAUAUAUAAAUUGCAAUUUGACCUUAUGCAUCAGACUUGAGAGUCCAAAAUCAGAAGUGUUUGCAUGUCUGAAUAAAGAGUACCUGUUAAUUAUGUAAAAGAAAAGCAAUUAUUGA